AUGAGCAUCAGGGAGCUGGAGAUCUUACUAGCACUUUGUAAAGCUGCUCCGCUGGUGCGUACAACACCUGAGGCGGCCAGAUUGCUCAAACAGCUUGCUCCGUAUGCUCCAGAAGCACACAGGCAGACCUUCGAGCACUCGCCUUUGCAGCAGCAUCUGCCACCUUGGGAAUCCCUGUCAUACCAUCUAAAUACCGCUGUGCUGGCGCUGGGCAUGAAUCACGCAUCACUUCGGCUUCAAGCUCUAGCAUGUAUCGACCAUACUGUGGAGACACUUACGGACAGCGCGGAGUCAGCACUGUGGAUCAAGCCGCAGUCGGAGGGUCCUACAGAUCCAGGGCUUGCCGAGCAGUCGGUUGCUGCCGUCCAGCUCUGCACGUCAUUGCUAGGUUUCCUAGGUGCGGUGGCUGAGGGCGUGCAAAUUUGGACGCCCGAACAGCGCGCCACGUUGGUGCAGCGCCUUCGUUAUUUGCUCUCCGAGAAGUUCAUGAUAUCGCUGGAAGGUGCAUUGUCUGCAAUCAGGAAUGCUCGAACAGUCAGCAAGCGCGUGAAGGAGUGGAAGCGCUUUGUUAGGCACUAUGCAACAACCGCCUGUCCGCUUGGUGCUGUAGUGCUUCAGCAGGGCUUGAUGAAGGUUAUUGAACGUAGCGUUACCCUACUCGUCACUGCCAACAAACCGAUCAGCAGUCAGACACUACUCGACACCCUACUAGCGCGCUCGCCGCUUCUGGACCGCUCUGCGCCUGUACCAAUGCCUGAAAUGCUUGAAAGCAUCGUCGAGCUCAUUGUCGAAGAGAUGAAUCUGCUGGAUGCUGAUGCGGACUAUCUCCAAGUCAGCUCAGCGUGGCAACAAAGAUUGGCUUUUGAUGUUAAAGCGAUCAGUCUCCGAAGCUUUCUCUGCUGUUGCUUAAUCGAUGCAGAAGUUGCUGACGACGAGCUCCUACUUGCCUGGCUUGAGAACGCAACUACAAGCCCUGUUCAGAUGGCGGACGAGGGCUUGGCGCAAACUGUGCUUAAGUCUAUGGUCGUUUUGGCCCGCUUGUCUCCAGCCACGGCAUCCAACCUCACCCGCUCAUUGCCGAGGCUGAUUGUGCAGAAUAAGAUGACGGCGACAAGUGCAACGCUGGCAGGAGAGUGCUUAGCUAGGGUGCUAAAGCUGCUAUCUCAGGAUAUCGUUAUCAGCACGCUUUACAGUCUUGGAAACGUGCUGAGUACGAGUGCAGGAGGCGAGAACGGUACGACGUCCUCGCCCUUCCUGGACGGUGUAGGCAGCGUGAACGGAGCGGCGCCGCUUUACGGCUCGCAGCAAGCAAUGGGCAGCGCGAUAUCAUUGAUCAUCACAGAUGAAGUGGAAACGGUUGCUGCAUACGGCAACGUUGUCUACGCAAUUGUCGCCAUCGCAACGGUUUGCAACGACGCGGAACUCACUGCCCUCGUUAUCUCUAUGCUCGUACAGAAAAUUGGAAGAGUCAGCCCUGCCGUCGAUGCUAGGAUCAUCACUGACAUGGCAGCGCUUGGUCUUUGUGGCGGAGCAGACGAGCUACGAGCCUUGCUAAGGCUGUACGUACGCAUCGCUAGCGACGCGACCAUCAAGCAUGACAAUCUGCUCAUCCACGCCGUCACCGAUGCUCGAGUGCGUUUGGCCACCUUGAUACGCAGAGAUUCUCCGCUCUACGAGGUGUAUCUGAUGCAUAUGCUUGGCUUGUGCGUCGGCAGCGGCGAUACUGCUGGAGAGAGAACGGUGGACGUGGCCUUGGCGUCGAAGACUAUUGCGCAGCUCUUCCGGCCGAUGGCGGUCCUGGUGUCCUCGGAUUUAGAGCGCCAGCCAAACUUCGAAGAGCCUGAGGAGCUAAUGGCACUUAGCCGCAACUCUUGGUUCAACCUCGUCGUGCAUGGCUUCACAUUGACAUCACAGGCCGGUAAGGAGUAUGCGCGAGAGCUGCAAAUCCUUGCACAGUACACUCUUCCCCUCGUCGACGAAGCCCGCGUGGAAAUGCCAGAAAGUGGGAUCGACUUGAAUAUGGUCCUCCGUCGUGGCGCGAGCACACAACAUACUCAUGAGCAGAGAUCAUUACUGACUGCCGCUCUGCCUCAUUGCGAGUCAGAUAUCAAGGGUCUGGCGUACCCUGAAUUGGUUUUCUUGAAUGCGGCCCUGCUGGUGUCGACCAUGCGCGCCCGUGCUGGUGACUGCACUGCUGUACUUCCGUACUUCAUGGAAAGCAAGGUAAAGACAACAGCAAUGGGAAACUGUAUGCUUGCGAUUGCGCUAGCUAGCGUCGAUACGUACCUGCAGCGCGCCUUGAUCGGACAACGUCACGAAUUCGCGGCACCCCAGAUUGCACUGCAGCUUGCAACGUUCUUCGAAGGCUGUUGUCACCGCAUCUCGAAGGUGCAGCACGCAGCAGUGUCUGCCGCAGACCGCAUCAUCACCCAGAUACCCUCCGCCUUGUGUCACAAGGCUUCACUAUUUGCGCUGCUUGAACUGCUGAGUCUAAUGUGGAAGAGCUGCUUUGACUUAGAGACCGACGAGUAUGACUGGAAGUCGACAUACACGUCACAAAAGGGCAAUGUCACGAUACAGCUUUCUGACGACGCGCACUACCGGCAAACGACAUUGGCAAAUUUCCACAAACGUUGCAGGCUUUGGGUUUCUCAAGCGAUUGCUGCAGCACCUUUAGACGUCAAAGGACUGCUCCAGGCCUACCUCGAGGAUUAUGAGGAUGACGGCUCUUACGGCCACAUUGCACUUGGUCGCUCGUUUGCCGUCGAGAUGGGAGCCACAAUUCCAAGCACAGACCAGCGCCUUACAAGCCUUGAUCGGCGUGAUGUUGGCGUGAACACUGCUUCCGACUUUAUUGCACAGUACACGACCCGACAAGAGUACCGCCACCUAGACAGUAGGCUAGCGGUUGACGAGGACUGGGCGUUCGCGGAGCACGAUGGCUCGACCCGCUUGCUAGCCAUCGAACCCGCGCGCGUGGUUGCGGACGAGGCAGAAGAACUGCAAAAGCUUUCGCGCAGAUUGCGCAACGGUGACAACAUUUCCUUCACGUUCGUACGCGAGGCGCUUCGUAAUGCUGCUGGUGUUGUUAGCCGGAGCCUUGACGACCAGACGCCCUGGAUCCAGGACCUGGUCGGGAUUCCCUUUAAUAUCUUCACGAAACAAUCCAUCAAUCUCGGCAUCUCGUUGUGGCUUGGGGUGGUGAAGGAGAACCCGGCCCUGGAAAGCCGCAUACUGGUCGAGGUCGCGAUCGGGUGGGAAGAGUCCGUGCGCUUACACAAAGGCCUCUUUUAUUCUGCCUUCCAACACCUUGACCCGUUCUACGUCAAGGAAGAGUUCGCGCCAUCCAAGUGGGAGUCCAUCAGCAGACGCCAGCAGCUCGCUCACGAUCUCAUCGCGCCCCACAUGCGCCUUGCGCACUUUCUAUCGAGCCAUUUCAGUGCGUCACGCUUAACGUCGCCAUCCGUCGGAAGAGUGUACGCCCGUUUGAUGAGGCUCACCAUGUUUGCGAUGAAGCACACUGUUGGACAGCCGCUUGCACGGGAGGUCCACUUCCAAAUCAUCUUGCUGGCGCUGAAGGUGUCGCGGUACUCUACUCGCCUUGACACAGCCGCUCAGUGGAGGCUCAAGGAUGCGAUACUAUCGGCAGGUUUAGCUUGGUUUGCUAUGCCACCGAAAUGGUCUUUCGGAAGCAAUCGGCUGCAGGUCAAGGCUGAGCACAAGAUUCUUUCGGACGUCCUUGACAUGCUGCACAAUACAGCGACAUUUGAAGGCCGAUCUGCGCCGUCUCUGGCACCCCUAUACCAGAAGCAAGAACUACUUACUCAGCUCAUGCACCACGAGAUCAGCCGUCUGACGGUUUGGAUAACGCCACUAGCAUCCGAGGCCAGGAGUUCCAUCGUUAAGGAAACGGAUUUUCUUCCGCUGGUAGUCACCGCUUGGCGAGAAGACCCACGCAUCGCAGUUCAGCUUACGACUCGGUUUCCCAAGUCGGAGACGUUGCUACGCGGUGCCAGGUCGCAAUUGCUGCGAGAGCCGGAGAAGGCAAUCAACGCAGCGGACAGUCUGUAUGUGAUGCUGGGGGAGUCGCUCCCACCCGACGUGAAGUCACAGCUGAAGUACUUGCUGUACUGGGCCCCAAUUAACCCAAUGGCCGCCGUCACCUACUUUUUACCGUCGUACCACAACCAUCCGUCCAUCAUACAAUACGCGAUGCGGGCCUUGGAGAGCCACUCCGUCGACGUUACAUUCUUCUACGUGCCGCAGAUUGUGCAGACUCUACGCUACGAUGCGCUGGGUUACGUCGAGCGAUACAUCAUCGAGACUGCCAAGUUCUCACAGCUUUUCGCACAUCAGAUCAUCUGGAAUAUGAAGGCCAAUGCUUUUAAAGGCGGUGAAGAAGACUCGGAGCCUGAUCCUGUUAAGCCUGUUUUGGACAAAGUCAUGGAUGCCCUCAUCUCCAGCUUCUCUACCGUGGACAGGGACUUCUAUGAGCGCGAGUUUAAUUUCUUUGGUAAGGUGACAGGCAUAUCCGGCACGCUUAAGCCAUUCAUUAAGAGACCUAAGCCGGAAAAGAAGCAAAAGAUUGAAGAGGAAUUGCGCAAAAUCGACCUCGAUGUUGGCGUUUACCUGCCAAGCAACCCAGACGGAGUUGUCAUUGGCAUUGACCGCAAAUCAGGCAAGCCCUUGCAGAGUCAUGCAAAAGCGCCGUUCAUGGCGACUUUUCGCAUCCGUAAAGAAGAAGGAGAGGCCGAGGCUGUGCAGAACCAGGCCGUAUCAAACGGAGACAUCGCGAACCACAGGACAGUCGAAGUCUGGCAGUCAGCUAUCUUCAAGGUUGGCGACGACUGCAGACAAGACGUACUAGCACUGCAACUCAUUGCAGCGUUCCGUGGCAUUUUCAACAACGUAGGUUUGGACGUCUAUGUUUUCCCGUACCGCGUUACGGCUACGGCACCUGGUUGCGGCGUUAUCGAUGUACUGCCGAACUCCAUCUCUCGUGACAUGCUUGGGCGUGAAGCCGUCAAUGGACUGUACGAGUACUUCGUGUCGAAGUACGGCUCCGAAGACUCGAUCCGCUUCCAACAGGCUCGAAGCAAUUUCAUCAAGAGCAUGGCCGCUUACUCGAUUAUUUCAUACCUGCUGCAGUUUAAAGAUCGGCACAACGGCAACAUUAUGGUCGACGACGCUGGACACAUCCUCCACAUCGACUUCGGCUUUUGCUUUGAUAUCGCCCCAGGAGGCGUGAAGUUUGAACGGGCGCCAUUCAAGCUAAGUCCAGAGAUGGUCGCGGUUAUGGGCGGCUCGCCUCAGUCGCAGCCUUUUCGCGCAUUCGAAGAGCUUUGCGUUAAAGUCUUCCUUGCUUCUCGGCAGUAUGUUGAGCAGCUAGCCCACAUCAUCCUUACGAUGCUCGAUUCCGGCCUACCCUGCUUCAAGCCCACGACGAUUCAGCACUUCAAGGAACGAUUUGUGCUUGAGAAGACGGAUCGAGAAGCCGCGGAUUUCGUGAAAAAGCUUGUUCAUUGGAGUGAGCGCAGCUACUCGACCGGAGUCUACGAUUACUAUCAACUGUUGACCAAUGGCAUCCCGUACUAG